AUGAAGUGUGCGAAUGAAACAGUGACGAUUGAGCUCAAAAAUGGCACCAUUCUCCACGGUACCAUCACAUCCGUUUCCCCGCAAAUGAACACGGCGCUGCGAACAGUCAAGAUGACCACAAAAGGCCGCGACCCUAUCUCCCUUGAUACAAUAAACAUUCGUGGCUCGACAAUCAGAUACUACAUACUCCCAGACAGCCUUCCGCUGGAUACACUUCUCGUCGAUGAUGCCCCAAAACCAAAGAACAAAGCUAGGAAGGAGACGGAUCGUGGACGGGGAAGAGGCGGUGGCCGAGGCCGAGGCGGCGGGAGGGGCAGAGGGCGAGGACGGGGGCGAGGGUUCUGA